GUUAAAAAGUUUUCUAUUUUUGUUAAAACAAAUAAAUGUAUUUAUUUAUUUGGGUCAUACAUACAACAAACAAACAGCAAGAUGUAGUAGAGGUACAUGUCUGCUAUGUCGGUCGGUACAAUAAUCACGACGAUUUCUUUUUGUCUCUUUUCCCUCUUCUCUCUCUUCUAAAAAUAUAUUGAUGUCAACUCAAAUGCUCGAAAUUUCAUGUCUUUUUGAAGAAAAUCCCUUUUAUCUUGGCCCAGAAAAUAUACUCCUCUAAAUAAUAAAUCCGGUUUAUCAAACAAUUGUUGUGUCUGGAACAUACAUAUUUGAAAAGUUCUUAAUAAACCAUUACCCAGUUAAUUUAUGUAUAUAUUUUUGUAAAAAACAUGUGUUUAUUAGGGUGUAUCAAUAAUCGAUAACUCUUAAAGAUUUUUCCAUAGAGUUGAAUUUAACUACUUGAUUUUUGAAAGUAUAUUUAUAUUUCGAUUGUGGUUAAUUGAUAGUUUAAAAAUAGAUUGUUAAUAGGUAUGUACUUAGCUUUACGUUUUGUUUAAAAUUAGGAGGUUCAAUUGAGUAAUCUUAUUCGUUAAUCCUAUUUAAUUUGGUUGACUAAUUGCAUUUUAAAAUUGCAAAAUUCUUAAAUAACGAAUGAACCGAUUAUUUUUUCUUAUAUAUAGGCUUGGGCCAGUUAUAAAAGUUUUCGAAAUUUUGGAAAUUAUUUAGGUAAUUCCAUUUUAUUGGUUACUAAAAGGGAAAUGUUUCAGUAGGUCUAAGUAGGUACCUAUAUCGUUGAAUAAUUUUUGAAUAGUUUCUGAAACAUUAACAUUAAUGGACUUAAAAUAUCUAAAUUCAAAUUCAAUAGAAUAACUUUCAAAACAAUUUCCUGUUUUAUAUUUUUUCAAUUCCAAAAUUUAGUUAACAUAAUUUUUGACAUAUUUUAAGUCAAGUUUAAUUAAUACUAUUGCAAUAUCAUAAAUGCAGUCUGGCAACUUCAAUAUUUAUGCAUAUGUACAGUGGCGGCUACUUUUUCAGAGACAGUCAAUUUUGGAUAUAAACUUUAAUAUGAGUUUUAAAGACUUUCCACUGUUGAAACCCAUCUACAGAUUUUUGUUAUGAUUUGUUAUAUUUUUUAAUUAAAAUACCUCCUUCUCACUUCAGUUGUCUACUUUAAUAUAGAUUACAUAUGUAUGUAUAUGAUUGCCUAAUUAGUUUAUCGUUUUAGUGGUAGAUAUUUAUCUCUUUUAAUGUAGAUGUUUAUAGAAAAUAAGAAAUUUGUUCCUAAAUAGCAGUCAUGUACUGUAUUGACAAUAUAACGGUAUAUUCAGCAUUUCUUAAAAUCUGUUUUCAUGUUCAUUACCUCUUAAUGUAUAUAAAAUGUUAAAUAAAAUUGAAAAUUUGAUCACAUUGUUAUUAAACGAUUUUUUGUCACAAGGAUAUAAAACGGAAAUUUGCUUAAAUAACUCUAAUGUCAACAAUAGAAAUAUCAAUAACAAUAACAACAACAAUGAACUUGAAGUAAACGAUAAUAGUAAUACAUUUUAUACAUGCGGCAAUGAACGACAAACAACAGCAAUAACAACAUCAACACUAGGAAGAUCAUUAGUAUCAGCAACAACAUUAUCAUUAGAUAAGCUUUAUUACGGGCGUUUAUGUAGUAGAAAAAGAUUUGCAUCGUUUUUAUAUGUUCUAGCUGAAGUACAUGAUCUAUUUCUGUCUCGGAGCCAUUGUACUUACCGUCAACUGUACUAUAGGAAUGUUAAUAUUGAAUGCACAACAUUGCAAAUACAAUGUGCUGUCAAUGAUGUUUGUCAGGCUUUAGGUACAACAUCGUGGAAUUUGGGAAUAUUUGCAGCCGGAAAAUGUUUUAUAUCAGGACCUUUACUUGUGCAUAUGAGUAAUGGCGACGUCAUCGACUGUGAUGUAUUUAAGGGACCAACUUUGAUGCCACCAAAUUUCACGUAUAUAGACAAGUUUGUAACAACGGCCAAAUUUGUAUUGGUUGUUGAAAAGGACACCGUCUUUGAAAAUCUUAUAGUAAACGGUAUAUUCUCAAUGUUAAAUGGCAGCAUAAUAUUGGUAACAGCACGAGGUUAUCCUGAUAUCAGCACCAGAUGGAUUUUACACAAAUUAUGGACAGAAAAUCAUUUGGCUAUUUAUGCAUUGGUUGAUGGUGAUCCAUUUGGCAUUGAAAUUAUGCUUAUUUAUCGCUACGGCUCUAUGGCUCAAAGCCUUAAUGCAAAUAAUCUAACAUGUCCUCAAUUAAAAUGGUUGGGCAUACAUCCUUCUGAUAUCAGUCACUUAAUGACUCAGACAGAACCAUUAGCAGGAAAUGAUUAUAAUAAAAUUGAAUCACUUUUACGUCGUCCCUAUAUAGACCAUGAAAUUUACACUGAGUUGUUGAUUCUUCGUAGCCUGCAGUGUAAAGUUAAAAUUGAUAAUAUGUCUGCAAAUAUGUUGAAUUUAUUUAUAAGCGAUUACAUUGUCAACAAAAUAAAGAGACAAAUAGUCUUAUAA